UGGCUGUUUGGUUAUCGAUAAUGCUUAAGUCUUUUGCCGCCCUGGCUUUAAGACGCUUUCGCAGCUCGGAUGCAGUAAAUUGUCAUGGACAACAGUUAAGUCAAAUAACAAAAAUUUGGUUCACACCGUUGCCCAAGGAUUCUAAAUGGAUAGCACCAUGCCAAAUGCACUACGUUGAAAAUGGAAAAGAAAAGAGUCGAGAUAUAGUUAAAUUAUAUGACGGUGUGUUGGUAGUCGUGUACAAUAUUUCAAGAAAGAAGCUUGUCUAUGUUCGUCAAUUUAGACCAGCGGUCUACCACGGCAUAUUAGCAGGUAAUACUCUCGAAAUACCCAAGGAAGAAGUUGAUUUGAUGCGUUUUCCGCCCGAGUUGGGGGUGACGUUGGAGCCUUGUGCGGGAGUGGUUGACAAAACCAAAAGUUUGGCUGACAUAGCUAGCGAAGAAGUUCGCGAAGAAUGUGGCUAUAAUGUGCCCGCCGACAAGAUGGAGCGCAUCUUUGAAUUCAGAUCUGGCGUUGGCGCCUCCAGCGCUGCACUCACAUUUUUCUACUGUGAAGUUUGCGAUCAGCAAAAAGUAUCCGAUGGCGGUGGCACUGGAGAUGAAGCUAUACAAGUUGUGGAGCUAUCAAUUGAUGAGGCUAAGACUUUAGUACAAAAGGGCGCAACACUAAAUGGUGGUCCAGGCACAAUUAUAGGUACACUAUGGUUUUUGUGCAACAAGAUUUAAAUUUAAAUUUGAGUGUGACCAUAAAACGAUAAGUGUGAAACGUCAAAAAGC